AUGGAAGUACAAGAUAGUAUUGUGGAGAGGAGAGUUGAAACGACAAUCAUAAGCACGGAGGAAGCAGAAACCAUAGCAUCUGCCACGUCAUUUAUGAAUUCAUUUUCAAAAUUGUUUCCGAGUCGAUGGUAUAACUAUGGGUUUAAUGAUAUAGUCAAAAUUGCUGAAGGGGAUCUCAACAACAAAAUCAACGCGCAGAAAAAAGUUGUUAAAGAUAUUAAUAUGAAGAACAGCCACUUUUUCCCCGAUAUAACAAAAUUGAGCGAAUUUACUGAUUCAAAAGUAAAGUUUCCAAAAAACCCUAAUUUGUAUUUUUGCAAAUACUGCUCCUCAUCGUUCGAUUCAAAAACACUGUUGAGAACACUCACACGCAAACAGUUUGCAAAGAAAUACCCACACAAAAUCCUUCCAAAACGGUCCACUGCGUUCACGUAUAAGUGUUCAAUGUGCUCUCGAGUCAAUUUGUAUCUGUUCAAAAAGCAGGUCAAGACCCUCCAAACUGGGUUUGAGAGAAUUGAAAAGAUAAAGGAAGACAUCUUGGAGAGAAAAGAAAUCACCCCAAAAGAUUUCUUUGACUCGUACUCGGACUCUCCAAGCCCAAGUCCUUUCAUGGAUCGAUAUUCAUCAAGUAAAAGCCCACAAGAGAGUCUUGAAAACUUUUUAAAGGCAAUUAAAUGA